AUGGCUUCUUCGGCGCCGAAAGUCGCGCCACCUGAGCGUCGCGAUCCUCUUGACGUUAUUGAUAAGCAGGCAGAUAAGCUCGUGGCACUUAUCGAGAAGAGCAAGCACUUCAUUGUUUUCACAGGCGCAGGCGUCUCGACUUCCGCUGGCAAGUCGAUCGAUAGAUUUUUCCUGUGGCGAGCUCGUACUGGAAAGGCCACGAGCACGCUUCAGGCCAUCCCGACACCGACGCAUAUGGCCUUGGUGGAGCUACAGAAUCAAGGAGUUUUGAAGUAUCUUGUUAGUCAGAAUUGUGACGGGCUGCAUCGAAGGAGUGGCAUCCUGCGGGAUCGCAUUUCGGAACUCCACGGUAACAGCAACCGAGAGUGCUGUAAAGACUGCGGCAAAGAGUAUAUACGAGACUUCCGAGCUGUCGCGAGCUAUGAAAAGUCGGUGCAUGACCAUCGGACAGGCCGCAAGUGCACUGCAUGUGGAGGGAACCUUCUUGACACCAUCAUCAACUUUGGUGAAUUCUUACCAGAGGAAUCUCUCAAACUCGCCCGAAGUCAUGCCAAAAGGGCUGAUCUUUGCAUUGCACUUGGAUCAUCCCUCAGCGUUCCUCCAGCGAGUGGUAUCCCCGAGACAUGCGGGAAGAGUAAAAAAAGCAAGCUCAUCAUCUGCAACCUACAAGAGACUUUCAUGGAAGGUCUAGCAGACAUGCAUGUUUGGGCUGAGUCGGAUGUUUUGAUGACGAGAGUGAUGGAUAGGCUUGGAUACACCAUCCCGAGUUUUAUCUUGAAGCGCCGGCUUGCAAUCAAGAUUGAGAGAGAUGCACACGGUCGUCAGGUCAUUGUAUUGGCUGGCGUCGACGAUGACGGUACGCCAGUUACAUACCUGCAGUCUGUCAAACUCGAGGACAGCAGACGUAUAGUAAGAUCUGAGCCAUUUUCAUUCGUUUUCCGAGAAGGUCUUAGUACCGGAGCCGAAGUCAGGUUUGCACUUGAGUUCAUGGGACAUUACAACGAACCUAAUGUCGUUCUUGACUACAGUGUUCCCGAGGAAGAAGGUUCAGAGACAGUGUAUGAUCUUUCCUAUGAUCCAAGUACGGGUGAAUGGGUGAUCAUGCGAUGA